AUUUCAUUACCGGGCCGCCAGUUAGCAUAAUCAGUGUCCUCUGAAAUGGUGCGAGUUCUGAUGUAUACAAAAUAUAGGGUAAGAAUCAUCGUUAUAUGAAGAGGGGGUUUCAUCGUCAUCGUCAGCAACAGCCGAAUAGCGGCAAUUCAUCAUCGUCGGACCGAUAGAAAAAUAAGUGGACGCAUUGUGUUGUACGUAGGUACGGCAGAGAACUUCAACCGACGACUUCAGUAGCCUGUUGGCUGUAAGUUGGCGAGCACGCGGGUAAUCAGAACGGUCAAUUCCAUAUAAGACCUCCUGCAGGCGGCCGGCCAAACUUAGUCUAUCGAAGGCUGGCACUGCGGUUGGACACACGGUGGUAGUGUUGUGAAAGACUUUUUUUUUCACCGAAAAUAAAAAAAACAGUAAUCUUGUAACGAUAAGCUGUUUAAUUCAUAUACAAUGAGUCUUAAAAGGAUUAGCUUACUCGUUGCUAUUUUCGGGACACUGCUGGAGGUGGCACGAGCCGACGAAUGGCACUAUCCGACACCGGAAUCCAACGGAGUUAUCAAUGAUCCCGAACACUGGGGAGGACAAUGCGACACCGGGCGACGACAGUCGCCAAUCGAUCUAACCUACAAGGCAGCCGUUAAGGGAGACUUCUCGCAGUUUCUGUUCAGCAACUACAUGAAUCCGAUCCGCAACGCAAUCCUAACCAACACUGGUCACUCCGUUCAAAUCGACAACGCCGACCAGUCGGUCUCUCUGUACGGAGGCGGUCUCCCGGGCCGUUAUGUUCUGGACCAAAUGCACUUCCACUGGGGUUCGGAGCACACGAUCAACAGCGUUCGUUACGGUCUGGAGUUGCACAUGGUUCACCACGACUCCCGGUACAAAUCGUUGACAGAAGCUGCUGCCGUCCGAAAUGCUGUCGCUGUCAUCGGAGUUCUGUUCCACGUCUCAAAUCAGGAUAACACCCACCUCGACGUUGUUCUGGAAACGUCCUCUGACAUCCGGGAUGUAGCUGGUAAGCAGGCAGCUCUCAAGGGAAAGCUGUCGCCCCACAAUCUACUCCCGAAGAAUCGCACUUCCUACUUCCGCUACGAGGGCUCUCUGACUACGCCGACGUGCGCCGAGUCCGUUAUCUGGACAGUGUUUACCGAGAGCUUACCGGUUUCGUUGGAUCAGGUGGAACUCUUCAAGGCCAUUCACGAUUCGGAAGGACACGAACUUGUCAACAAUUACCGCUCGUUGCAGCCACUCAACGCACGGGCCCUGGUCUACACAACCAAUUUGGAACAAGCGAGUAGUGCUGUCAGUUUGGUUCCCGCGGUGUUGUUAUUUAUCAGUGCUAUUCUGCUGACAGCAACUCGACAGACGGUGCUCUAAGCCCUGGGCGGGUUGAAUAUGUAGGGAUAAAUACGUUGUUUGUAAAUAGGUGCUUAUAAUAAAGGAAGAAAUCAAAAUACGAGCCAAAAUCCAUGGAAUUGUUUGUGAUAAAAGGUGCAACCAGAGACACAGGAGAUAUUAGUUUUCAUCUAUGUUGACAAUUUUUUGUUGUUCGUUUAUUCGGUGCGUGUAGAGGAAGAAAAAAAACGAUCAACAGCGUGCAGUUCGUUGUUAUUGUAUUUUGUUCUUGGAUUUUAACUCAACGUUACCGAUAAGUAGUGUCGAAAAAUAUAAUGAUAACAGUGUA